AUGCCACCAAAGAAAGCACCACCUAAAAAAGGAGGUGGAGAUAAGGAAGAAGCUCCAAAAAAAGAGGCCAAAGGAGGGACUGCCGUGAAGGUUCGACAUAUACUAUGCGAAAAACAGAGCAAAGCCUUGGAAGCUAUAGAAAAAUUGAAAUCCGGUAUGAAAUUUCAUGAAGUUGCAGCUCAAUACAGUGAGGAUAAGGCUCGGUCAGGUGGUGAUCUUGGCUGGAUGACCCGUGGUUCAAUGGUGGGGCCCUUCCAGGAUGCAGCAUUUGAAUUACCGAAAAGUACUUGUGAUAAGCCAAUUUAUACCGAUCCGCCUAUCAAAACCAAAUUUGGUUAUCACGUGAUAAUGGUUGAAGGCAAGAAAUAA